AUGAAGAUGAGCCAUGAAAGAGGCAAAGCAGUGGAAGUGUACAACGAUAAUGUUGGCCGUUUCCAUGAUUAUUACAGAACAGCGUCGGAUGUUCGAUGUAAGAAACAUCCACAACAAUCCCCGUUCGGUGUGUGCGCGUAUUGUCUCGAGGCUCGUUUGCUCAACUUGGUUUGCUCGGAUUGUGGCGUUCAGCACCUCUCAACUUGUUCUUGCUUGGAAAUCGCCUCCGAUACUCGAAGUUCAUACGGCGUUGGUGGCCGUGUCUCGUUAUUGAUAGAGAAUGAAAACAAAGAACAAACUGAGAAAUCAGAAGAGGUCUUUUUAAUCAAAAGAAGCAAUAGUAGCCGCGUUGGGAUGAAGAAAAAGAAUGGGUUCUGGAGGAUUAUAAGAUUGUUCAAGAAGAAAAGAGAGAAAGAUUGUAAUAACUGUGGUGGUGCGGAUGAGAAAAGUGAUGAUUUGUGGGUCGUUAAUUGCACCGGAGUCUCAAGGUCGAGAUCUCUUUGUAGCUUCAAGGGUGGUGGGCUUUUCCAAUCGGGAGAUGGAAUCGAUUCGAUGAAUUUUUCCGGCGCUAGGAGCUCCAUUUCGGCUGCUCGGAGCUCUUGUUUUAAUGGCAGUUGGGGUGCCGGUGAUAAUGGUUUCAAUGGUGCAAACAGGCGGAGUAAUUUUACCAGGGGAGACUACGAUUCCGGUUUUAUUGAUUUACACGUUGGUUUUGAAGAAGAAUCUAAAGGGUAUAUCCCUACAAGUUCAUGUCCGUUAACAAUGGAUGAAAGAGGCGGUAAAAAGAGCAGAAGAAGUUUCAAAGGAUGGCAAUGGAUUUUCAAGGCAUCAGAAAAAUGA